AUGGAGGUCGACGCGCCCCAGGCUUUUCGUUCCGCGACUUCUACAGGUCUGGGCCCCGUUGCGUCCUCCGCCUGGUCGGCUGUUUCGCUUGAGAGUGACUCCCAGAGAGCGAAGCAAGGGACCGAGGAGGGCGCGCUGCUGAGCCUCUCUGCCUUCUCUCGCCUGGUGGGAAUCUCUCAGUUCGUCGCCUCCCAUGUGCCCUCCAAACGCGGUUUCGAAGAGACGCAGGCCUCGGGAUCGCCGACCAGCGCCGCAGGCGAUGUGCAGCCCGAGAAACAAAGCCCCAACGAAGGCUCAGACAGGGACGCCUGCGCCGAUCACGGCGGAUUCUGGGGGUCGGUGAAGACUCUUUUCGAGGACUUUCAGGUGUACGAACACUCAGAGUUCGACUGCGCAUGUCUGCGUAAUCAGCGUGCGUGCUCUCGUUGCGUGCCCUCUAUCCAGAAAGCGGAAGCUUCUCAUUCUCCCUUGUCGUUUUCUUCGGCUUCUCUCUCUUCCCCGUCUGCCUCUCUGGUGGCCUCAGACGUUUCUCAGAAAGGCGCACGCCGUGGCGAAACAGGAAACAACUCCAAGCCACCUGCGAAGGACGAAGGAGGGCCCCGACUUGGACAGCCCUGCGCCUUCGGCUGUUGGUGUCGGGCCUUUGGAGACUCUUCAGAGGCGGCGCCACUUCGUCUGCCGCUUUUGGUGGACUCCGGACAGCUGAGGAGACAGAGGGAAGCAGAGCAGCUUGCUGAGGCGGGGGGCUUGCACGUUUCGCCUUCCUUUCGUCUCUGGCGGUGUCGACGCCGAAGUGAAGCCGCAGAGGCACUCGACGGUGUAAGGGAGGCGGGCAGAGAAGCAGAGUGGGAAGACCGGGGGGACCAGAGAGAAGAGGGAAGGGAAGAAGCAAAUGAGGAUGAAGACAACAGAUCACAGAGUCGGGAAUUGAAGGAUAACGAUGCCAAGAGGCGAGGAAACCGGCCGUGCGUUUCCGAGUUCGAGACGCAAAAUAUCGAGGCCUUUGUGCGCGGUGUCGCCUGGUGCGCUGAGGUGUACAGGCAAUACGUGAUCGGUUCACCACGGGAUCCAGAAGCGAGCGGUGCUGGGGUUUCCGAGAGAAGCGCCGAUUUACUUCACGGACUAAAUGAAGAAAAGGACUCGUGGCUGCAGCAAGCGCGGAGAACAGCGGCCUCAGCCGAGGAAACCCUGUUCACUGUUUCUUCAACUCUGGCGCCGGGGAUCUCGUCCACGUUUUCAUCUCUCCCGCAAGCUAAGAAUGGGCAGCAAAACAUUCCUUACAGCGACCCGUCAAAGGCGCCCUGCUUGUGGCUCCUAGGUGACCUCGCGGGUGUCUUGACAGCGCACUGGAGAAACGAGUUAUCCGGCGUUUCCUCCCAGUCAGUACCUCUCUCCUCUUCCGCAUCUCCCUCGGCUUCUCCUUCACUGGUUGAAGUCCAGAAGGAACUGCGGGGUGCCUUGCAUGCGUUUGUUCGCGAGCGUCUGCCCUUCAUGGUUUCAGAGUCAACGACGCUCGUCCCCGCGAAGGCAGGAGCUAACGGAGGGGACAGCGCUGGAGGCGAGCUAAGGGGGCGAGGCCUGAAGCGCGGGAGAGACAGCAAUCCUCUCGACGACGACUGCGAAGACCAGGGCCAGUCAGGGGAGAGAGACGUGGAAGGAGAAGAGAAAAGAACGGGGAUUCAAGAUGAGGGGCAGAAGGCGCGGGAUCAGGACAGACAGGAAAACAACGAGGAGGAACUGAGAGUACUACAGGGCCUGGAAGCCUCAAAUCUGUCACGCCGGAUUGCUUUCCUCGCUCGAGCUAUUGCUUCCAGAGACGGCAGGGCUGGAUUCUCAAAAUCAGAACAUCGACAAGAAAAUGGAGAAGGAUGCGUCCAGAAUGGAGGAGGGCAAAACAAAGGCGGAGACGGAAACAAAGGGUCACAGAAAAAAGGGGGGUCUGUGUGUCGACCGACUUCGAAUGGAUUGUACGAGUCAGAUUUCGCGUCGACUCGCUUCCCUUUCAUCUCGAUCGCAGCAUGCUGGGCCCAACAGCGAGGACAGAUUCUUCGAUUGAAGAAAGAAGUUGAAGAGAAUGUGCAGCGGGGAAACUUAGAAGGCAACGGAGGGGGAGUGAAUGAACUCGAAUUGAAAGAGAGAAGAAGAAACUGGAUCUCCUUGCUCGAGACAGCUGCGAAAAAACCUCCGUGCGUGGUCCUGAAACUGACCCUCAAGCCCCAUUGUCGCCGUUUCCUCUUCCCUCCAGUUCACUUCAGGUGUACAGACACCGCAAGCGGAGAUGCGGACCCGUCUGGAAGGAGCGGAGGCGCAGAGCGGAACGGAAGCCAGCGAGGAGGGGUGGGAGGGAAACCAGAAGUCUCCGUUCAAACCGGCGUUUCUCGAGAAGAGAGAAGAAGGGGCCGAGAGGACAUAGAAGAGCUUCUCUUCCGCGGUCCGCGUGCGCAGCAGUCUGGUUCGGAAAAAGAAGAAUUUGACGAAAAACAAACGGAACUGCUUGCUCGCCUCGCUUCCCACCCCGCCCUUCUGGACAUCCUAUUCGACACUUGCCGAGCGUCCGAGGGAACAUGCAAUUACGCAGCGUCGGGCGGGCCUCAGGGCGGGCGGUGGCCAGCCGACCUCGGGGUGUAUCUACACUUCAUUCUCUUGAAAGUAAAUCGUGAUACAUCCAAUGCGCUCCACAUGAUCGGAAGGGGACUGCGUCGACACUGUCAAAGAUCCCUCGCCGUCGCUGGCACCAAGGACAAACGCGGGAUCACCGUCCAAAGGUGCUCCGUUCACAAAGUCCUGGCGCCUGCCCUGUUGAACGCAUGCUACCUAGACCAUCCGUCCUGGGAUUCUAACGUGCACAUUGCCCCGCUGGGCCACUUUUCUCGACCUCAACGACUUGGUGCCCUUCUUGGAAACUCCUUCCAAGUUGUUCUCCGAAAUGCUCGUCUUCCACUCUCAGCAACUGGUGCUUCUCUCCCUUCUUCUCUUUCUUCUUCUUUUGACGGAGAGGUUCCUCCAGGGUUUGUGCCGGUGGCGCUGUGCGACCAGUCCGUGCAGGUCUUGGCGAGCCGAGUGUCUGCGGGUGUGGCGACAAUUUCCUCUCGGGGCUUUCUGAACUAUUUCGGUCUCCAGCGCUUCGGCACGCAUGCAGUCAGGACGUUCGAGGUCGGCGCAGCUCUGCUGCAGGGCGACUGGAAGGAGGCGGUCGCUCGAAUUCUCGGAAAAAAACACAAGUCGCCCGCAAGGUGGCGGCCAUCUUCGUCUGCGAGUGUUCAGACAGGUCCCGCAUGCAGCAUGGAGAAGAGUGCCACAGUGGCUUUGGACGCGUGGGACGAGUUGGGGGCAGAGCUGCAGAAAGCGGCUGCUGGAAGAAAAACGGAUGGAGGGACACAGGGGGAAGCGAGUGACGAGUUAGAAUCUCAGACGACGAGAGAGGAACUAUUAGAGAAAGGCGCAUGCAUGGAGGAUAAGCUGUCGGGAGACUGCCCAGGCGAGGGGGACGGGCGUCACGACAUAGGAAAAGGUGAAGAGCAAAGGGAUAAGGGCAGCGACUCUGAACCGUCCCUGUGGGACAUCUUGCAAAAGACGGGAGACCCGCGGGUCGCUCUCGGGCGCCUCGCGAGGCAUCAGCAUAUCGAGAAAACGCUUCUGUCGUCUCUGUUGAUGUCACGGCGAAAAGGGGAGAGUGAGGCAACGGGGGAAACGGGCAGCAAGUGGUGGGGAGGGGAGAUGCGAGAACGUAACAGGAAACGGGCCAUGUCAGGGCGAGACAGACACCGUCGAGAAUGCGCCGCCCUGGGAACGGCGGCUCGGGCACAGGCUGACGGCAUUUGCGCAGAGGGCAGCGAAAUGCAGGUACAGGGAGAAGACCCGGGAAGGGACAAAGGCCAUGCAGGUGACGUCGCAUCGAAUGAACAAAAGGAAGUUGUGUCAAAUGCGGUCUCGGCAACCGAAGGACAAGUACAAAGAAACGAUGAAUGCAAACGUGGAAACUGGGUGGACUUUGAAGUGAAAGACUACUUUCGUGCUCUGCAGGGUAUCCCGGCGGACUCGCUCCAGCUGUAUGUACAUUCGGCACAGAGCGUCCUCUUCAAUCACGCAUGCACUUGGCGGUGGAAGGCUCUCGGCGGCAAAGUGUGCGUAGGUGACGUCGUUCGCGUCCGCGCGAGAGGCGACCAUCGUUCCACGUUGUCGACCUCCGGCUCGACCUCUGCCGAUUCGUCAAAGCGACGCGAAGCUCGACAAGUAGGGAGGAUAACCGAGCUUGACGGUACAGACGACAGAUUCCUUUUCGAUGAGGGACAGGGCGACGGUAGCGAGGACGAAGAGGAACCCGAUGGACAGACAGUCAAAGUCAUUGAGACAGAGGCUGAAGCUGAGCAAGCCUCGAUCUACGAUUUGGUCUUGCCUCUCCCGGGCGCAGACAUUGUGUACCCGUCCCAUAUGACAGCGGUCUACAGACAGCUAGCAAGCGAUCUUCUGGGACUAUCUCUCGACGCCUUCACACCGCCGAAAGACAGCCUGUGCUUGGAAGCGAGUGGAGGUUCUUCAGACAUAUUCGAGGGCGACCUCAUGCGCGCUGGGAGAGGAGGCAGAAAAGGAGACAGAAAAGGAGACAGAAGUGGCAGACAGCGAGGGCGCGGGCGUGGGCGUGGCAGAGACGGGCGCUGUGACAUGCGCGGCUACGGGGCGGAAUCUGCGUGUGGAAAUGAAGACGACUGCAAGGUCCGGACAACCCCCGCAGUGCUUUCGCCGGCUGCCGGGCUUUCGAUUUUAGGCGUAAAGUACAAAGGAAGUUACAGAUCUCUGCUGGAACGUGCCAGAGACUGCCAAUGGCAACUGCUUCAGAUCAGCGAAGAAGCGGUACGAACCCCUACUUCUUUGCUACUCUCGGAUGUCGACCUGCUUCUGCAGAAGCAGCCACGCGAGUCCCCGUACUCUCGGUCAGCCGAUAAAGCUGCGACAGGUCCAAACCCGGGAAGAAGAAGCGAAUGUACCGGACGCGAAGUUGUCGGUGAGGUCGAAAUGACAGAAAACGAAACGCACGAAAAGGAUCAAGCGAAGGAAAGCGGAUGCACGAAGAGUAUGGACAGCCGGUCCUAUGCGGAACAAGAUUUCCGAGUUUCUUGGGAUGAACCUCUCGACAGCACGCUGGUCAGGUGUAUGUACACCAGAGAUGAGCAGCUUCAAAUGAUGGAACAAGGGGAGAAGGUGCAGGGUCAAAUCGACGGGUUUGGGUCGCGAAUAGAAAGAAAUCGGAUUGUAGUUAGGGACGGAAAAAGCAAUUUUUGCCUUCUUUUGAGACUGCGACUGCCUCCCGGCACAUAUUUCACCAUGGCACUUCGUGAACUCAUGAGAACGAAUGCCCCUGAUGAUGACGAGCUAGCCCAUGCUGCCGCUCGGGCCUUCGUUUCUCCAGACGGCUCUGGGAGAGACGCCUCCAUUUCUACUUCGUCUCUUUCAACCUAAGUGAAAUCAUAACCAGUAAUGUGCCUGCAGGAUGUUCGUGGCGUGUAUCUCUCUGUGCAAUACAACUAUUCAAGUGUAUGUGCUUAUAGCGAAGCGAGAUUCGGGGUUUCCUUACGUGUACGGUGCGUGAGUGACGAGUUUCACGUACCCACAUUCAUCCUACCGGGUAUUUCAUCGUCCACCGCCGACAGUCACGUAUCGUUGUACAUACAUAAAUAUGUAUAAUAUAUGCAUAUAUCUGUAUAAAUGUAAAUUGGAAAUGAAUGCUGAAGGACUUCCUUCACUGUGGCGUUAAACCCACGCCACCGAUACAUUCCGCUGCCUGAUACGAUCGA